AUGGCGACCAAGCAGGACUCCGAGAUGGCUUCUAGUGCCACCACGACCGGCGGUGCAGCUGCAUCAUCGUCAUCCACAUCCAACGCCAAAUCCGAGCAUUCAUCCACCUCUACGCCCAAUGGCAAGCCCGAUGCGCCUGACGCAAACCCAACCGCCAUGCCGGUCCGCGACAAGGAAUCCUUCAAGCAGACUCUCAUAAACCAGUACAUCACCCGGGACCACCUACACGCGGCUGCCAUUGUGGACGAUCAGACACGCCUCAACAACCACAACAAGGAUAGCUACAAGAAGAUUGCCGACUACAAGCUGGUCCGGAACGAGUACCGCCCGUGGUUUCCGCCCGCGCGCCUGUAUGGCGAGGGCUACAGCGGUUACGGCAACGGCCGGACAGAGAUUGGGGGGCCAGCACGACUGCUAUAUCCCCAGCACAAGCCGCGGCCUGGCAAGCGCACAACUCCUGCAUUAAAAUGGAAACGCAAGGAUAUGAAGCAGCAGGCGGAACAGCAUGAAGAACUCGUGCCCAUACGCGUGGACGUUGACAUGGACAAGAUUCGCCUGCGCGACACGUUUACGUGGAAUUUUCACGAGCGCCUUACGGCCCCAGAGCUUUUUGCCAUGCAGCUCAUUGAGGAUAUGGGACUUAAAGCGCCAAUUGCUCAGCCUGUCUAUGACCAGGUGACCAUGCAGGUGAAAGAACAGCUCAACGACUUCUAUCCGUUUGUUUUUUCAGACGAAGAUGCUCUAGACCCAGAGCUACCAUAUUCCGCUUGGAAAAAUGACGAGAUGCGCGUUUUGAUCAAACUCAACAUCACCAUCGGUCAACUCACUCUUGUGGAUCAGUUCGAGUGGGACAUCAAUAACCCGCUAAACUCGCCCGAGGACUUUGCUGUGACCAUGGCCAAAGAGAUGUCGCUUAGCGGAGAAUUCGUCACAGCCAUUGCGCAUUGUAUCCGCGAACAGGUUCAACUCUUCACCCGCAGCUUAUACAGCAUAGGUCACCCAUUCGACGGUCGCCCGAUAGAAGACCCUGAUUUGGUUGCUGCAUUCCUGCCUUCGCCGUUGCCCAACGUCUUCAGACCGCAACAACAAGCCAAGGACUACUCGCCAUACCUCUAUGAAUUGUCUGAGCAGGAAUUGGAGAAGAACGAGGUUAUCUUCCAGCGAGAACAGCGACGCCAAAAGCGCGCAACAGUGAAUCGGAGAGGAGGUCCCUCUUUACCCGAUCUCAAGGAGCGGCAGAGGACGAUUCGCACUUUAGUUGUAUCGUCUGUGUUGCCUGGUGGCGUCACCAAUGUUGACGACAGCACUUUGUACAAGAGAGUUGCCGGGACAGCUCCUGGCCGCAAGGGACGCGGUGCGCGGGAUGAUCUCUCUGAUUCGGAAGACAGCGAUGAUUCCUCCCCCGACUCGCCAGCAGCGUUGCAGUUGCAAGGAACUGCCAGAACAAGGGGAAUGCGCGGUGCUGCCUCGGCUGCUGUCUCUCGUAUGGCAAAUAUCGGGCGCUCUGAAACACCCGAAGCGACGCUGCAUCAUCACGAAACGAGGACUUCCCGGAGAUUUGGCCGCGAACUAACGAGAGAGAUGACCGAGGAACCUUCGCAAAUGCUUGUCGUAUUGAAGGUUGGAAAGGACAAACUUAGAAAGUUCUUCCGCGACCAGAAAACAAAACAUAGCACGCCAUCGGGAGCUCAGACACCCUCAAUGGCCCAUACCCGAGCACCGAGUGCUGCUGCCUCAAGCAGCAUGCCGCCUCCCCCGUCUACACCCAAAUCUUCAAACAACGCGGCACCGACUCCAGUAAAACCCGGCCCAGACGCUCCGCCCCCCGGACAAAUCAGCCGUGUAGAAGCUCCUGCUCCCACGGCCGCACUUCCUGUACCCCCUGCUCCCCCAACUCCAGCCUGGCUCGAUCAAGCACUCAACGCGUGGAAAGCCACGGAAACGUAUGGAAAUGACAAGUUUGAGGGGUUGAUGCGUUAUAGCGCAGUAGAUACCACAACGAAUGGGCAGAUUCCCAUGCCAUCGCCAGGCGAGAUACCAUCCCACGUCAAGUUCUACUUCCUCCCACGCAUCAGAUGCCUCGACUGUCCUGGCAAGCUCUACACCCCAGGACCCGACAUGACCGCCAUCAACUUUGAGGUUCACCUUAAGAACAAGGGUCAUCGAGACAAGGUGAACGCACGUUUGCGUGGUAGCCAGACUGCGAAUAGCGAAUGA